AUGAAAAUUAAUACUCAAAAAAAAUCUUCACAUAAUAAAACUGAUAAUUCUAAUAAUUGCAAAACUUUUUAUAAUGCUCAAAAUCUCAAUUAGACUUUGAAUUCAUUUUAAUUCAAGUAUCCUCAAAUUAAAGAAAUAAAUGAAAAUCUAGUAUUCUCUAAUUCUAACUUAGUUUUCGGAAACUACACUUAGUAAAUCAUGAGAAAAGGAUUAUUAAAUAUACAAAAUUCUAAAGAACAAAAGCAUUAGUAAACAUAAAAAGAGUAUAUCAGAAGGAGAGUGAAUACAUCAUACAUUGUUUACCCUAUAGAAAAUAAUCGUAAUCUAACAAGUUAAAAUAUGAAAGAAAAUUAUAAGUAAUCAAGAUUACUUUAUCGUGUUUAAAUCCCUGACACAAUGAAAAUUCCAUUCUUAAACAAAAAAAAUAGACUGAUCAAAGAUUAAUUAAAAUAAUUUUAAAAUCGUUAAUAAAUAUAAUAAGAUGAUAUUAGAAUUGCUAGCAGAAUUUCAUUUCAUACUAAAACAAAAUCUAAUAUAAUUAAAAAAUAAAAUCCAAAUGUUAAUGAAUAAUUACAAAUAAUUGUAGAUGAACAUUAAUCAUCUGAUUUAUCGUUUAUUAAUGGAUGGGAAUGA